UUCAUCCUUUUUUUUUUUUUUUUGUCUUGUGUAUUUUAGUUAAGGAUGUUUGAAUAAAAGAAAACUAGACUAAAUACUGGCUUAAGUUAGGAGUUUACUUUUCUUAUACAUAAGAAGUCUAGAGAUAGGCAAUGACUGAUGUAUAUUUAGUGGCUUAAGGAUGUCAGGAUCAAAAAUCUCUGAUUCUCUUGACUUUUCCUUCAUGAUCACAAAAUGGCUAGUGUAGCUCUAGCCGUCAUGUCCAACUUCCAGACAAGAAGGAGGAGGAAAGGGGCCUCAUUUAUAUCAGGAAAUGAAAUUUCUCAAAAAUUCCCAGCAGGUAUCUGCUCAUAACUCAUUGGCUAGAACUAUAUCUGGGUGUCAGAGAGGCUGAGAAAUAAUAAUUUUUAAAUCGGGCACACAUUGCUACCACAAACAAAAUUAGGAGUUUAAAUUUGGUUUAGCUUUUGAAGAUAACCUAAAAGCUGUCUUGUUUAAAUUUGUUUUUCUAUCCACAUUUUGGAAUAACCUGCUUUCUUUCUGCCUUUUACUUUCAGUAUAUUUUUUUCUCCUUUCCUUGUUGACAGGGAUAAAAAUUACAUUCUUGAUUUAUAUAAGUAACAAUAAUAGUAACUAUUUUUUGUGUCCUUACCAUUGAUAUUUUGAGGGCUUGGUGGGCAUUGCCUUAUGGUUUCUAUUCUAUCUAAUGCAACUUGAAGUUACUUUCUUUUCUAAACCUUAUUUUGUACAUAGAUACGAUACGUAUAACAUUUUCUGAUAUAAAAGACAAUAUAGUUAGGAAAGCUAAUCUGGAAUUGGGUGGACCUCAGGGUAUCUCUGAUCCCUUUGAAGAUGCAUAAAAAUGAAUUAGAUUGUUAAAAAAAUUACUGAACCAUGAAUUGUUGUAUAGUUAAUACUUCUGUAAAGAGGUCUGGUAGCUUGCUGAAAUUUUUAGAGAUUUCAGUUCAGAUGUAGUUAGCCUAAAUUGUGACAACUUUCUUUAAGUUAUGAGUUAGAGGAGUUUUUGCUAUUUAAAAAAGAAAGAAAGUACAUCUUUUCUGUAUUACUUAUAUUAAGAUACCUAAAUUAACAGUAUGCUAAAAGCUCUGGAAUAUUUGAAUUAGGUUGUACACGACUAUAUAAAACUCAGAUCUGCAGUCUGCUCAGGUUACUAAAGAUAAAUGCAUCAUACACAUUCAGUAUCAGACUUUGCCGCAAGGUUUCACUCCCACAUGGAAGUACGCAUGCUCGUUUCUUCUAAGACGGCAUGAAGACAGAUUUCCAGUUUCCCUUUUAAGUCACUCCAUAGUCCCAGCAGCAGUUUAGAAAUUGAAAAGUUUGAUUGCUCUAAAGAGCAGUUCUUGAGUGAAUUCUUAAAGUACAAAUAAUAUUUUCUCUUUGGUUUUAAGGAGAAACUUUACUGCCAGAAUGAGUACACCAUAAAAUAUUGGAAGGAAAAAAGAGAAAGUUAGCUGUAUCCUAGUUUUCUAAAACCUGGCAAGCUGGCCGAGCUAGAAUUAGCUUUACAGAUGGCAUUUGGCAGCAUGUCUCUAAGCCCUCAUCUCCUGAGUUUUCUUCCACCUGUCUAUCAAUUACAAUACCCAAUCACUGCCCAGAGAUGGAGAAAUGGGAUGAUCACAGCUCACAGGAUGCUGUUUGGUUAGAAACGUCAGUGCUGCACAACCCACGGCUGAGUCAGUGUCUGUGAAAAAAUGAACUGAAUUAAUAUAGAGAUGGGGUUGUAUCUCUGAACAUAUAAAGCCUAAAUAACUGCAACAGCAUUAUUACACAGUAGAGGGAGAAAAGCUAAAGGAAGCCUGUGAACAGGUGAGGUAGGGGAGUCUGGGACAUUUUCUGAUUGUUCAGAGGAAUCUUGAAGAUGAUGGAAAUAUCAGAUGUGCUAAAGUUUCCUAGUAAUGCCCAAGGAUGCUGACCUGGCUUUCAGUGCUGCAUUGUUUGAAAGAGCAGAGUCCCUUUAUACUCUGAUUUCAAAAUUUUUUUCUUGUUUCUGUGUUUCUACCUUGGCAUAUCCUAAAGGAAGUACUCUCUCACGUGUUGCUAAAGGAGUCGUCGACCACACCAAAAUGAGUCUUCAUGGUGCUAGUGGGGGACUUGAGAGAUCAAGAGAUAGACGAAGGUCAAGUGACAGAUCACGAGAUUCAUCUCAUGAAAGAACAGAGUCUCAGCUCACUCCUUGUAUUAGAAAUGUUACUUCUCCAACACGACAGCACCAUGUUGAACGAGAAAAAGAUCACAGUUCCUCUCGUCCAAGCAGUCCUCGUCCUCAAAAAGCAUCCCCAAAUGGUUCCAGUAGCAGUGCUGGAAACAGCAGCAGAAACAGUAGUCAGUCAAGCUCAGAUGGUAGCUGUAAGACCCCUGGGGAGAUGGUAUUUGUAUAUGAAAAUGCAAAAGAAGGAGCUCGGAAUGUAAGAACAUCAGAACGAGUGACACUAAUAGUGGAUAACACUAGAUUUGUUGUAGACCCAUCCAUUUUUACUGCACAGCCGAAUACAAUGUUGGGCAGGAUGUUUGGGUCUGGCAGAGAACAUAACUUUACACGUCCCAAUGAGAAGGGAGAGUAUGAGGUGGCAGAGGGAAUUGGCUCCACUGUGUUUCGAGCUAUUCUGGAUUAUUAUAAGACAGGAAUAAUCCGUUGUCCUGAUGGCAUAUCUAUUCCUGAACUAAGAGAAGCAUGUGACUAUCUUUGUAUCUCUUUCGAAUAUAGCACUAUUAAAUGUAGAGAUCUCAGUGCCCUAAUGCAUGAGUUAUCAAAUGAUGGUGCUCGUAGACAAUUUGAAUUUUAUCUGGAAGAAAUGAUCCUCCCUCUUAUGGUAGCUAGUGCCCAGAGUGGGGAACGAGAAUGCCACAUAGUGGUGCUUACAGACGAUGAUGUGGUUGAUUGGGAUGAAGAGUAUCCACCACAGAUGGGAGAAGAAUAUUCACAAAUUAUUUAUAGCACAAAAUUGUAUAGAUUUUUCAAGUACAUUGAAAACAGAGAUGUGGCCAAAUCAGUUCUGAAGGAGAGGGGUCUUAAGAAGAUUAGAUUGGGAAUAGAAGGAUAUCCUACCUACAAAGAAAAAGUAAAGAAAAGGCCUGGGGGCCGCCCAGAAGUGAUUUACAACUAUGUCCAAAGACCCUUUAUUCGAAUGUCCUGGGAGAAGGAAGAAGGAAAAAGUAGGCAUGUAGACUUUCAAUGUGUAAAGAGUAAAUCUAUUACCAACCUUGCAGCAGCUGCCGCAGACAUUCCCCAGGACCAGCUGGUAGUCAUGCACCCAACUCCACAAGUGGAUGAGCUGGAUAUUCUCCCUAUGCAUCCCCCUUCUGGCAACAAUGACCUCGAUCCUGACGGACAGAAUCCAAUGCUGUGAUGCCGAUGUUCCUUGAAACCAUAGCAUGUUCCUCUUCACAGUGACGUUGUACUCUCCUCAUUCUGCACUGCAAGGCCACUCUUCUUCGUUGUGAGAUGCACAUAACAAUGUUUAGGAUAUUGCAGUGUAGGCUUUUUUAAAGACCAAAGGUAGCUGAAUGGUUUUUUAAAAUGAGGACGACUCUAGCAUCCUGAGGGUUCCAGUUAUAUAAAUGUAUUUGUUUACCAGUAGGUUUCUGAAAUUGGUUCUUUGUAUGGGGACAGUCCUUUUUCACACAGCUAGAUCUUUUCAGAAGUGAUGGAAAUUGGCAGCUGGGGUACCUUUAGUCUAAACUGAUAUUGGUCACACCCCAGAGAAAAUGCAGAAUAUUAUAUAGUUGCACUUUAUAAAUGGUGGUUAAAUGGAGCUAUUCAAGCCAUUUUUAUAGUUGUGAUGCACAAUAUAACUUAAAUAAGUGCUUCUAUCAAAGUAUCCCUCCAGUGAGAUGUGUAUAGUUUGCUGCCCACUGAUGAGCACAAGAUGAGUAUUUAUCAUUGGGCUUAUCUGAAUGAUCAGGAUGCAAUUCCAUGCCCAUAUUUUAUCAGUUCAGAUAUCUCCAGUGCUGUUUUCACGCUUUUAGAGUGAGUCACAUGCAGGGAGUGUGAACAUCAGAGGUGGUUUAUUAUCCAGUCUGCCUUACCCUUAAUCUGUUCACAGAUAUUUAUUUACUAAUGAGGCUUUUUUUUCUUAAGAGUUACCAGAUAGGAAAAUGAAGUGUUUGCUCUUCAUUUAUUAAAUGAUUGUAAACUCGAGUUUUUCAUCAAAAUAAAAUUCCAUUGUUUUAAUGUUUCUGACC